AACACUUUCCAUUUAGUUUUGGAGACACACAUAUGUUGUUCUUUCAAUUAUAUAUUUCCCUCAAAAAAAAUAAAAAAUAAUAAGUAGAUCUUAUAUCUUUAUUAUCAAUUAUACUUUUUUUCAAACAGCAAUUUCUAUUACAUAUGCUUCAGUUCAAAAGCCAGUUCGUAUAAGUUCUCCAUAAGGAAAUACUGAAAAUGAGUUGCAAUUACAUACAAAUUUUUGGCUUUAAAGUACGUACAUACGUACUUCUUUGAUUAAGUUUUCUUAGUUCGUAUACUAUCACAGUGCUGGUAAGCUUCAUCAAUUUAGCUAUCGACUGACGCAUAUGUACCAGUACUGGCAUAGGUGUGUUGAGGGAUCUCGCAAAUUUUAGGUUAUAGUUAUCCCCUUUGACGACCACCAAGCUAGCUAGGUCAUAAUUUCAAAUAUUCAUCAGAUCAACAUAACAUUACUCAAUAAUCCAUAAUUAUCAUAUAUAAUUGAUUCGUAUGGAUUUUGAUCCUCCAUUUCAAGAAACGUACAAGGCCAUCUUCCAAGAUUCCAUUAGCUCUAUUACUGACAAUGGUCAUCAAAACCCUAAUAAUUUGAUGGUUGAGGAAUAUGAACUACCAGUGAUCGAUCUUAGCCAUCUUUUCAUGGAGACCAGUACUAGUCGUGAUGACCAAUACUGCAAUAAUAAUAAUAAAAAAAAUAAUGAGGAGGUGGUAGUGAAGGAGAUUGUUGAUGCUGCCAGGAAUUGGGGUUUCUUCGAAGUUGUGAAUCAUGGGAUUCCAGAACAAGUUUUAAAGUGCAUCAAAUACGAGCAAAAGAUGGUGUUUCAUCAGCCUUUCCAUCAAAAGUCUCACAAAAAUGUUCUCAACUUAUCACCAAAUAGUUACCGUUGGGGGAAUCCCAAAGCUACUUCCCUCAACCAGCUUUCUUGGUCAGAAGCCAUUCAUAUAUCUCUCACAGAUAUUUCAAAAAUGGAUAAUAUACAACACAACAGCCUCAGAUUAGCGAUUGAAGAAUUUGGAAAUAAAGCAUUCAGUUUAGCUAAAAACUUAGCUGGAAUUCUAGCAGGGAAUUUGGGGGUGAGUUGCAGCUAUUUCGAAGAGAACUGUCCUCCAAACUCAAGCUAUGUUCGGCUCAACAGAUAUCCGCCAUGUCCAUACUCUUCCAAUCUCCAAAUGUUUGGCCUCGUCCCUCAUACUGAUAGUGAUUUCCUCUCUGUUGUCUCCCAAGACGAUGUUGGAGGCCUACAGUUAUUUAAAGAUGAAAGAUGGGUUGCCGUUAAACCUAAUCCAAGAGCCCUUGUUAUCAAUAUUGGCGACUUAUUUCAGGCCUUGAGUAAUGGGGUUUACAAAAGCAUAAGGCACAGGGUGGUGGCAAGCAGUGGUAGAAGUGAAAGAUUUUCGGCUGCAUAUUUUUACUGCCCUAACAACGAUGCAAGAAUAGAGAGUUGCAGCGACAGACAAAGCUCACUUUAUAGGGACUUUACUUUUAGAGAGUACAAAAGUCAAAUCCAAAAGGAUGUUCAAGACACCGGUGAUAAAGUAGGCCUCCCAAGGUUUCUAACUAUAAUCAAUAAAAUAUAUAUAUCUUAAUAAAGAGAGACACAUAAUAAUUAUUGGCCGCUAUCCCUACAGGAGUAGUCGGCAGUUGCUAUAAUUAUUUUUUCUUGGGUUUGCGUGUGUAUUAUAUAUACGUGUAUAAGUGAUCAGCAUAUAUAUUAUAUGUGCAAUAAUGACUUGACAGUAUAUAUCUAUAUAAUCAAUCCUAAUAAGGAUGUGAAUUUGUUUGCCGGUUGACAAAUAUGUCAUCUAGAAUAGAUGGAAAAAAAAAAUCCCUAUGCUAUAAUUAGGGCUGCUUUUUGGCCAAUAAUGUAAUAUGGCUCCCCAUAGUAUUAUUAUGACGCUUUUUUGAUGAGGCAUAGUGAGGCUCAUAGUAUCAUAUACUUUUUUGGGCAAAUUAACUACUUGAUGAGGCUCAUACAUGUAUCGAACCUUUUUUGUAAGGCUUAAUUGAGGCCAUAAUUGUUCCAUUUACAUUUUA